UUGCCCAUUUCUUUAUCUUGUUCACUCUUUCACUCUCUCUCUAUCUCUCUUUCUCACUCUCUCUCUUUGUCUGUUUACAUCUUUAGUUGUCAUAUCUGUCCAUCUUCGUUGUGAGUCUUUCUGUCUGUUUGUGUUUCUUGUUCAUCACAAUGAGUGAUUCAGAACUCCAAGAAGAGUUAUUGAAUCUGGAUACCCUGGUUGAUCAUCAUGAACUCAAUAAUGAGCUUCAAAGUCUUGAUGAUUUGCUUGGUGAGCCGCAGCAAGAGGAGGAAGCAGCACCAGUAAAGCCAACUGAACCAAGGGUGCAUUGGAGAAAAAGAGACAUUGACGGCAAAACUGUCUAUGCAAGACCAAGGUCAAGCAGGAAUCAGUCAAAUCAGACUGAUCACGUUCGCAAAACCGAUCCUCCCAUGACUGUUUCUGACACUAACUGUGAGGUGACUUUUGCUCCAGAGACUGUUGAGUGUUUUCUGCAAGAUCUCCAGCACUCUCUUAUUGAUACCUCAGAUGAUGAGGCAUCACCUUCUGGAACCUCAACAGAUCCUCUCCAGGCUUCCUCGAACUGGAGCAUGCGACAGAGUCUCCUUUCAGAGAGAUGGAGGGCAGAAAGACCCCAUCUAGUGAACAUUACAGUUGAACAAGAAAAUGUGGGAGCACACAUCUGUCAACAUUGUGGGAGCAAUCCAGCUGUUGUCCGAUGUGGUGACUGUCGACCCCGACCCUUUUUCUGUGACAAAUGUGAUGUGAGCAGGCACACCAUUCAAGUCCUUCACAACAGAGAUGCCAUGACAGCUGGAUUCUUUCAACCAUUGUCUCCAACAACUUUCAUUGUGGAUAAGGCAUUGUCUGAUUGUGUACGGCUUGUACCUGUGGAGAUACCUGACAAAAUCUGUAGUUGCUCUCCACGGUCAUUAAAGGUCAUCGCAGGAAAGGCUGUUGCUGUGGUCACAAUAAAUGGACGCCAUGAUCUUAACAUGCCUGAGUUAAGCUGUGAGGCGUGUCAAGCCAAAUGGGUUGCUGGAGUGGCUGACCUGAUAAGAAGUGGCUACUGGCCUGCAACUCUUCAUUUUGCCACAAUCUAUGCAACAGAUGUCUUUAUUUCAUUUGAAGACAUGAAGAUGGCAGCACCAGGACUGUCAUGUCAAGCUUUUUUAAGAAUGUUGGAUAAGCGAACUGAACACUUUGGUCGUAGUGGUAAGAUCUCGCCUGAUAGCUUUCAGAAAAGUUUUUUUGAAUGGAAGGCUGUGCAAUAUGAGGUGGAAAACAUCUGCAAGGAAGAGCCCUUCAUCUGUCCUGCGUGCACACCAUCUAUGCUUGCAGUUUCAGUAGAUGGAAAUCGCAAGCAUUACCGUUUCAAGAAUGCAGCUAGAUCGGAGGAACAGGCCAUUUUUGAAGGUGUUUUUAUAGCUCGGGAUGAAGAUGUGACAAGAUUUGUGGAUUACAUUCACCAAACAACCAAACAUGUAAAACUGCAGAUGAAUUAGCCUAUAUACAAGACUACAAG